GGGUUGGGGACUGUCACCUUUCGUAUGGGGGAGCAGACGAUGCCCAACAGCAGAUGGCCAAGGGACAGCAUCACCGAGGGGCGGCACGGCCGAGAGGUGUCAGGGCGCAGGCACGGUCCCCGCCCAGGGGCCCCGGGCAGGGCAGCAGCUCGGUGGAGGGUUUCCUUCCUCCUGCCCCAGCCUGCGCUUCGCCAGCCACCCCGAGCACGGCUGCAAGCGCCUCUCAUGUGACCGCCGGCUUCCUGUGCGCUCCCGGCUCGGUGCCGGUGCCGCAGGACGCGCUCGCCGCUGCCGGACGCUGAGCCCUCGCCACCGGCCCCAGUGCCAUGCUGCGCCGCAAGCCUUCCAACGCCGGGGACAAGGAGCCGGGACACAGGAAGCUUUCCCUACAGCGUUCCAGCAGCUUCAAGGACUUCAGCAAGUCCAAGGUCAGCUCUCCUGUGUCAAGCGAGGAGUUCAACCUGGAGGAGAAUAUCCCUGAGGAUGAUUCCAGCAGUGCCAGUCCUGAGGAGGCCACGCGGAGCAGCGGGACGAAGCUGGGCAGGAAGUGGCGGGCGGUCAUCUCCCGCACCAUGAACCGCAAGAUGGGCAGGAUGGCUGUGAGAGCGCUGGCUGAGGGCAAGGGAGAGCUGGAGGAGGAGGGGUCCCCAUGCCCCCUGUCCCCAGCCAGCAGCGCAGAAGAGCAGAGCCAUGACAAGGUGCCCCUGUCGUACCUGGAACUGGAGGAGGAUGGGCGCCCAGCCCUUGGACGCCAGAUGUCCAGCGGCAGUGACAUUCCCAGCCCUGGUGAUCCCGGGGACGGCCGGCAGCUGGAGGAGACCAUCCCAGCCUACACUGGCCCCUUCUGCGGCCAGGCCCGUGUCCACACUGACUUCACCCCCAGCCCCUAUGACAAGGACUCACUGAAGCUGCGGAAAGGGGACAUCAUCAGCAUCAUCGAGAAGCCACCUGUGGGCACCUGGACCGGGCUGCUGAACAACAGGGUGGGCUCCUUCAAGUUCAUCUACGUGGAUGUCAUCCCUGAGGAGAUGGUCCCUGCCCGCAGGAGCCAGGGCUCCAGCCGGAACAAGCGCCUCAAGCCCAAGACCCUCCAUGAGCUGCUGGAGCGCAUUAACCUGCAGGAACACACCCCCACCCUCCUGCUGAACGGGUACCAGACCCUGGAAGACUUCAAGGAGCUGCGGGAGACGCACCUGAACGAACUGCACAUCACGGACCCCCAGCAUCGCGCCAAGCUGCUGACGGCCGCUGAGCUCCUCCUGGACUACGACACAGCCAGCGAGCCAGAUGAUGGUGACACCUCCGAAGCCCUGCCAUCGCCCUCAGAGCCCAAAGGGGACAUUCCCCGCGACUCCGGCUGCUUCGAGGGAUCAGAGACCCUGGAUGGCAGUCGGGAGGAAGCUGAGCUAGGGGGUCCUGAGGAGCAGCUGGGGCCUCUCUCCAUGGUAGAAUCCCCCUGAGCCUGCCAGCACCGCCACUUCCUGCUCUGGCCCUAGUAGUGGGGCUGGACUGGAGGGGAUGGCUGCUGGUAGGGGACAGGGGAGCCCCAGUGGUGGUACCUUGGGGCUCAGCUCGGCCCCUGCACCAGAUGCUGGGUGGGCACAAGGUGCCCCAGGAUAUAUUGCAUGGCACUGCCUGGCACCACUGCCCCGCAGCAGGGACUCUGGGCAUGCCGGGGCACCGCACUCCCUGUCAAGACACCACAGGCAUUGGCUGCUUUUCCCAGGUUUGCCGGCAGGCUCAGGAAGGGAGCUGGGGGUGGAAGCUGUGUCUGCAGGCACCUGAGGCCUCCCCAGGACACUGACACUUCUCAGCAUGGACACACAGAGACCCCCCCAUCACCUGCUGUGGGGGACAGCAAGACGCAAAUAACACAGCUAAGACACCACCCUGGAAGUGUGAGAUGGAGAGUCCUGGAAAGCACAGGAAAGGGGAAGAGGCAGCUGGCUUGGGGCAGCACAGACACGCAGGGGCUACAGCUCAGCCAUUUUCAAACCAAUUAAGUUUCCUUCAUUGUUUUAAAAUUAAAAAAAAAAAUAAGAGAAAAAUAAAGAACACCCAACCCUCAUCCAACCCCUUCCUUCCUUCUGGAGACCCUGACCCAUGCAGGCAGGUCCUGGCAGGCAGCACUCCACACACCUCAUGGAACAGGGAGCAGCAGAGCCGAAAAAUACACUUUUUUGCACCGAAUUGGAGAUUUGGUCAGUAGCGUGCUGGGGCGGCUCCCACGGGGUGGGGCACAGGAGCCCUGUCCCCGGAGGAUGGAACGGGAUGGGGCUGGGCUGACUGCAGGGCCAUGGCAGGGCAGCCAGGGCUCCUUCCUUGCCCCAUUCCAGCUGGAAGCAGCUGUGGCAGCUCUGCCCUCUCACCCGGGAGAGGAGCCCCCGCACCACGGGAGAGGGGGCAGUGCCGGUGCCACCUUAACACCACACCCCUUGCUGCCAGCUACAGCCCGGGCCGGGGCAAGGAGCGAGGUGGGAGGCACAGGCCAGGCUCCAGAGGGUGCAGGAUCCCGGCUGUGCCAGCUCCUCACCACUGCUGAAAGCUGCACUGGAGCAGCAGCCAUGUCCCACUGCCAGGCAGGAGCAUCACAGACACACAGACACACACGUACACACACACGUACACACACACAGACACAUGCACCCACACGCGCGCACACACACACACAGAGACACAUGCUCACACACGCACAUGUACACAUGCGCACGCACGCGCACACGCACACACACACAGACACACACACAUACAACUGGCCACGCAGGACACUCCCCAGCAGCUAUCACCCACCGCACACCUGCGGGGAGGAGCGGGAGUGCCCAGCACUGUGGUGGGGCAUGCAGAGCUGCCAGGGCAUGGAAUGGCCUCUCCUCCACCGGCGACCUCUGCGGGCAUCCCAGAGGUGUGAGGGUCCUGCCAGAGCAGGACGGGGACUGUGGAGUGGGGAGAGCCCUGCCAUGGCACAGAGCUCUCCCACCAUCCCCCCAACCUCUCCUCCUCUGUUGAGGGCACACAAGUGACUGACACCACACAGCCCAGCCCUGGGCAGCUGGCACAAGCCCGGGAAGAUCCAAGGCUGCCAAAGCCAGUCUAGGAUGGCUGAGAACAGCAGAGCAAGGCAAGGGGGGGGACACGGGGAUACAACGACACAACACAGACUCGGGGCUGGGGUUCUGCAGAGCUGCCAUGCCACAGCUGGGGAGGGCUCCGUGCAGACACCUAGCAGCAAAUGCAGCCCCAGCACCAGGCAGGAGCCAGUAGCACUGGCAGACCCUUCCCACAGCUCAGUCCACCCUGGCUGCCCUCUCCCUCCCUCAAAGCCCAGG